UCAUUAUAGAAAAGUAUGAAAUGAAAAGUUAAUCUACUUAUUUUGAAGUGGAUUUUCUAUUCUAUGAGAAUUAGUCCUGCUGUGGAGAAUUGAUGUAAAACUACUUCAGUGUAUCAGAGGAAAAAAAAUCAUUAUUGGAAUACUUUAUGUAUUGUCACUUGUUGGGGAGGACUAGUAACGCUAUUUGGAAAUCAGUCAUUGAUUUAUAAUCUACCGGACCACAGGAACUUUUUCCACAUAAAGAACAUUUAAAACUUCUAGUUUAUAUGAAUAAAGGAGAAAUGUGUUUGAUCCAUGUUUAUAUUUAUUGAAAUUCAAAAGACUGAAACAUAUUGGACUUUUUCAUGUUUAGGUCUUGUGAUAUAUUUAUCACUGGAAAAAUAUACAAACUGUAAAAUUUGGGGUAUUUGACUUGGAUUUAUGAAAGCAAACUUAUAACUUAAAUCAUUUAACAUGGUUAAAGAAGAAUUAAAACCUCGUCGUCCAAGUAAAGAUCAUGGACAUCCAAGAGAAAGACGCAUGUCAGUUUUAUCACAAACUGGGCAUAAGAUAAAGAGAGGAAAGAACCAAGGAGGGACACCAGAGAAAUCAGCUACCCCAUCACAGGAUGCUACUGAUGAAAAUCAGUCACCCACCAGAAAUGUACUUUGGAAUGAAGAGAUUGAGAAGCUUCAAAUCAAGGAGGAAGACCUGAAGAAUAUUGUUGAUACAUCACCACCAAAAGAAAAGGAGAGGUCACCAAAAACUGCCAAGGUCAUUGUCAAGAAAAUGAAACCUGAGUCAGAAUUGAACAAACCAAAGCCUAAAAUUGUGACUGUUGCCCGACCUGCUCCACCUGAUGCACCUAUAAAGGUACCAGACUACUCUGGUUUUGCUGGACCAAGAUAUUCACAAGAUGGGUCAGUUUUACCACACAGUUUACUUGGUACUUUCUCAGAAUUCAAGAAGAUAGCUUUGGAAAAAGGAGACCUCCUGGAUGUAACAGUACCAGGAGGGGAGCUAGAAAGAGAAACUAGUGUUCCAACACUUAAGUAUGAGAAGAAAAAACGUGUUCACCAACCACCAUCUCAUGCUAAUGAGAACAAAGCUUUACAUAACUGGCAAAUGAAAAUGAUUGAAAGAAAGAAGCAGCAAGGCUAUAUAUCUAAAUUAUUACAAAAGAAUCCUGAAGACUUAGCAAUGAAUGCUGCAGAUAAUUAUCGUAAGAUCCAAGAGGAGAGAUAUAUACUUGAUAGAACUAUACCCCUUACUGACUAUGGCAAAGGAUAUCGUGUUGGGAGUGAAUUUUGGAAACAACAGGAAAGAUUUGGAGAUGACGAUACAGGCAUUCAUAUGACUCUGACACAGAACGAGAAAGGAUAUCCCCAGCCAGUAACACAUGUAGGUAUACCUAAGAGUAUACGUGAUGAGAAAGGUUGGCACUGGGCUCCUACUCAUACUGCACCAGUCCAUUAUCCAUGGCACAAAGCUCCUUACUUGGAGAAAAGGAAGAAAGAACUGGGCAAAUAUAUCAAGGAACUAGAUCCUCAUAAACCAGAAUUUGAUGCCCUUGAAAUCAUAGGAACAAACCAGCCUCAGAUGAAGAGACCUGAAUCUGAAGUAGAAUUUGUACAUGAAGAUAGAAUGUCUUUGGAUGAUUUAGAUGACCAGGACAUAGAUGCAGAGAAGGAACCAGGAGAUCAGACCAACCAAAAUGUUUUUGGACCUUCACUGAACUUUGCUGGCCAGCCAGCUAGAUGGAUUGGUGAUGGUUAUAGUUACCAGGGACAAGUUGGUAUUGAAGGAAGGGUGACAUUUGAGACAUAUUCUGGUGACAGGGUGACAUCUUAUCUGUACAUUGUUAAUGAUGGAACCACUGCUGUGUACUAUGACUGGAAGAAACUACCUAAAGAUAACCCAUUUGAUUUGGUACACCAGCAGGUUCAGAGGUUCUAUUUUAAUAACAGUAGUGGUGUGAUUCUACCAGGAGAAACAAUGAAGUUUCCAUUUGUUUUCAAAUCCCCCAAUGCUGGUGUGUUCACAGAACAGUGGAAAUUUGAGACCCGUCCAGUGUUAUGUGGAGGAGCCUCAUUAAUAGUUACAUUAAGGGGUAUUGCUUUACAGGAAGAUAAAUUCCAAAAGGAAAGAGAACAACUUGAGAGAGAUUUACAACAGAAACAAGCUGAGCAGAUUGUAAGAAAUAUCCUCCAUAAUAUCAUCAAUGGUAUCAAGAUACAAGAUAGACCACCGUCACCUGUAGAUGCUUAUAUAACUGAGGAGGAAAUAUUCUCUAGGAAUAAUCCUAAGCUUUUCUACACUCAUGAUGCUGUCCAGGCACUGAAACAGUUGUAUGCUGAAAUAAACCCUGAAGAGAAAGAGGACAGGAUAUGGGAUUUAUCUGUGGAAGAUCUGAAAGAUGAGUUGAUGGCAAUGGAUGAUGACGAUGAAAGAAAGGAAGAUUUCCUCCACCAGAUGAAUACCCAUGUGUCUAAAAUGUCCUAUAGUCCAAGCAAUCCUAUCAAAAAAGAUUUAUAUAAAGCUGGGUAUGAGUUAUUAUUGGAGACAGUAGAUAAUAUAGUGAGUGAGUCCAUAGCUAUAAGACAAGUGAUGGGACUGCCUGAAAGAGAAUCUUUGGAUCAAAUAGAGGACAUUACAGAAGGAUAUUCUCGUGAAACAUCUUCCGUCCAUUUGGACAGUGAUAGUUCUAAGUCAAAGGGUAAUAAGACACCAUCAUUAGAUAAGAAAGUUUCUCCUGCCAAGGAUGCCAAACCAGCUAAAGGAAAAGAUGCUGGUAAGGCAGAUACCAAAGGGAAGACAACUCCUGGUCCGCCUGCCAAGAAAGGUCCUAGUAGAGGAUCUGCAACACCAGGAGCAUUACAGCCUGAAAGUCGAGAUAGAACUCAAACACCAACUAGUGCACCACAGAGCCCAAUACCAGAUUCUGAUCCAGUUUUAUAUAGAAAAUACAAGGAAAAAUUACAAGCUAAGGCAUAUUAUAUUGUUGGAGACAUGUUGGACAAAAUGGAGAAUGUGUUUGAAUGUAUUUUAGAUAGUGAAGAUAGACCACCAUUGAAACUGUGAUAAAAACCUUCAAAAAAACUUUUGCAUUUAUAGAGAGAUAUAUGUAUUUAUAAAAACUAUCUGUGAUGUUUAUGAAAUAUUUGUUUUAUAUUUACUGCCAAUUUUUUUGUUGAAAAUUUAUGAAAUUGAAAUAUGAAUGUUUUAUAUAAUUGAGAUUUUAUGAUUAUAAAUUUAAAGAAUUAAUCUAACAUUGAAAAGGUGUUAGUGAUAUGCAGUUCUGAAAAAAGUGAUAUAACUUCUUGGUUCAAUCACUGUUUAAAAUUAUUAAUUGUUCUCUUUACAAAAAUAAUCCGUCCAAUAAAUAUUAAAUUUUUUGAA